AUGAGCAGACGUUCCUUAAUUCCGUUAAUGAUCACCAUGUGCUGGUUGGGAGUAUUGAUGAUGAUGUUGGUGGGAGUGAUUCAUGGUCAGGACUUUUCUCAACUCGUUCAACGCGAGGCAGUACCUUCAGACUUGUCUUCUUUGAAUCCGAAAAUGAUGAGAGGUGAAAAUACAUGGUCUUCCUUAAUGAGAGCUCGUGGCUCCGGUGCAAGCUGUACCUAUGACAAUACCAAUGAAAACGAUAAGAGAUUUGUCUGUAAUGUAACCUUUGAAAAGAAGAUCCUCACCAAGAAGGUCCAUGUUUCAGCAACUGUAAUUUUAACCGCACACAUCAAGACCCAAACCAUCGAUGUUGAGGUUCAGGUCUCCGGAAAGACCUUGUACAAGAAGUCGUAUCCAAUGAACGCUGUGAAUAUCCCUCCAUUCUGUGUCUCUUUGAUUGUAGAUGUCAAUUUAUGUUUGGCUUUGAAAGACAUCAAGUUUAAUACCAAUGCUCCAGGUUGUGUCGUGUUUGAUUUGAGUGCGUAUUUGGAUGCCUUUGGAGUGAAACAAAACAUAGUGACCCAACAAGUUGGAUGGAACGUGAAUGCAUGUAAGAAUACUAGAGCUGUCAAUUUAUUCUUGCAGCCCACAUCUUUUCCAUAA